GCUUUUCAGACAGUCGACAGGAAUACCUGUGCCAGGAUUUCUGAGCGCGAUUUGAAGUUUGCAGCCGUCAUGUUGACUGGUUUACCAAACAGAAGCUACACACACGAGGAAGUGGCUAUGCUGGUGUGGAGGCAUUUUCCCGAACAGAACCUUCACACGCUGUACAACAAUGUUGUGGUUUUACCACUGCAGAGGAGGGCUUUUGUGAUUUUCAGCAGCAGUUUUGCUUGCAUAAGAUUUCUUAGAGAUCGAAACAGGAAACGAGUUUACUUCAAAGGCUUCAUUCCAAACAUCCAUUUGCUGUUGGAGGAUCUCGGCCUUGGGUCCAGUGAGGAAUCCAUGUUCAGAUCUCUGAUGAAAUGGAGCAACAUUCAUGUUCCAGACCUGACGUCUUUGGGGGAGCGGCUGCUCGUUGUGGAGGCUUCAGGGACAAACGAGCAUAUUACGAUGAUGGUUAUGGAAGAAGUGGCGAGCAUCGCUACUUUCGCCAGCUUCCUGCCGCUUGCCAACAGGAUUUACGUGGAGAUGGCCGAGUCCAGCGGAGUCAGAAAAGUGGUGGAAAAGUUGUCAGUUCGCAAAUUAGCUCAACAGCAUGAAGCUUGGAAUCUGGUUGGACGUGUUGAAAGUUUGUUGAGCCGAAAAGAGCGACUGAAGGACUGUGAAAAAAUUGCAGUGAACCUUGAACUCGGCACCAUGAGUGUCAAACCUAACGCCACACCAUUUAAGACGAUGGACAAGAGAUCUGCAACAUGCAGUCCUCUGACAGACAUAAGUCUGAUCACAUCUCAUAAAGGAACAAGAUUCCUUCAGAUUUCCAGUGGAAGCGGCAGCAGCUUUAAAAGUCCCUCUUCUUGCAACCCAACCACCAAAGAAAUGAAAAUGUUGCAUUCAUCAUCUGCAACUGGAGACAUCCCAAAGUCUAAUAAAGACUCAUCAACUGGAUCCACAAAAAGUAGCUUGAUGUCUGGCGCCACGUCUCUGUCAGUAAAAACACAAAAAGACGCACCGGAGAAUAUGAAAUCUCAAAGUAAUCAGUACUCUUCUGCAAGCGGCAGUAAAAUUUUUCCUUCCUCUUCCUCACAGACUUCUAAGUCUUUAGAAUCUAUAAAUGAGAAAGAUCAGCAGAGCAAGAGAGAGGCUCCUCUCAGAGCACCACAAACAUCAUCUGCAUCCUCAAGUCAAAGCUCCAGUUCACCUGCAACGUCUGCAGAAACUCCUCAGUCGGAGAAACAUGGAGCUGUACUUACUUCUGCUGCAGUAGCAAAGGCUAACCACAAGGUGUCAGCAGAGAGUUGCACUGCAAAAAGUCAGUUAGAUCCUAGAGUGGAAACAUCAAAUUUGAACCAAGACUGUUUUAAAGCUGAAACACUCAAAGACGGAACAGAAAGCGAAGAAAAACUGAAGAAAAUUGACAAUAAUAAGAGGAAUCAUGUGGAGCAGAAAAAUAACCCUCUUGAUUCAAAACAUAUUGCCACCAAAGAGCUUUUGGUUGCAAUUGAAGAGGAAAAACCUCUGAGAAAAGAUGAGGACUCAAAAGUAAUAUUGGACCAGACGAUGAAAACUUCUAGUGGUGAAGAGGGAUAUACUUUACCGAUAAAACAGGAAAGUUCAGAUGAAAAGUAUGAGCCAAAAAUAAAGGAAAGCAGUUCAGAAACUGGAGAGAAGACGGAUUGUAAGGACUCUGUUCCUGAUGAAUCUCACACACAUACAUUUGUUAAUAAAACCGACAGAAGAGCCAAUCAAGAUGAAACAAAUCAAGACAAAUCGGCCAUUGUUAUAAGAACCAUCAGUCAAUCAGGGAGAGAUGAUUAUGCUGAAGAGAUUAGAAAGGAUGGCCUCGGAGUUUCUGCUCAAGAAGAAAAACCUUUGGUCAAAGACGAAGGUUUGGCAGUAAAGUCAAGCCAGAGAACUAAAGCAUCUAAAUCUGAGGAUGGAGUAAAUUCAUCACAAAAGCAGGAGAGUUCACAGGAGCAAAUUGAGACACAAUCAAAAGACAUCAGUGCAGAAAUGGAGACAGAGGAAAUGGUUUAUAAUGAUUCUGUUCAACAUAAAUCUGGUCUAAGAAGAUCUUUCAGACAAACUGCCAGACAAGCCAAUCAAGACAAAACAAAUGAAAAUAAAGCAGCUACAGCAGGAAACUAA